UUCGACAAGCACUCGCCAUCUGCACAAAACAGAGCACGACCAUGAAUUUACUUUUGUUAGCGGCCACACUGCUAGCAGUCGGAGUCAGAGCGAAUCCCAGAAAUAUUGGAAUCAUAUCUGACUUUGGUCCCGGAGGUCCUUUCAAGGAAGGAGAUCUUUAUGGAGAUGGAAUCACAGGCCCUUACGAAGUUCCUAUCAGUGGUCUCAAAGGGAGUGGCAUUGGAAGCCCCUCUGAUUUGGGCAUCGGCAGUCCCUAUGACGAAAGCUUAGGAGGUGCUUUUGGACGUGACUUCAAAGGACUUUACAGUGGUCCUCAUGAAGAUGGAAUCAAAGUGGCAUUUGGAGGCAACCUUGGAUAUGGUUUUGGGCCAGAGUCAUUUGGCCCUGCAUCUAUUGAGCAAGGGCCUAUUGCCUCCGGGCCUUUUCCCCCUGGGCCUUUUGUCCCAGAUUUGAUUUCCCCCGAGCAUAUUGCCCUCGGGCCUCUUACCUCUGGACCUGUUGCCCUUGGAACUUCUGCCCCCUGGCCUCUUUCCCCCGAGUCGACUGCCCCCGGACUUAAAUCCCUUGAGCCUUUUAGUCCCGGAUCUUUUGAGCGAGAGCCUUUUGGCCCCAGGCCUUUUGACUUACCGGUGUCACCAAUCCCCAAAGUACCUUUUAAUGUGGUACCAUCCACUCAACCAUUUCUGGUCCCCAAUUACACGCCAGUGCUAGUACCAGUGCCACAAAAAUUUCAUUAUAUAUUUCACCGGUUCUGCCCCGUGACCAAGAAAACACCUGUACACAUGAAUGUGCCGAGAGUACGUGUAAAAACAGUCCCACGCCCCUUCCCAAUCACUGUCCCGAGACCAGUCCCGGUCCCUGUGGUAAAUAAAAUACUAGUUCGUGUGCCUUAUCCCGUGGCCCUGGUUGUUAAACGCCCAGUGCAGAUUCCUGUACCACAUGCCAAGUAUGUGUGUGUGAAGAAACCUUACACGGUUGUUGUCAAAAAGUUCGCUUUCUACCCCAAUCCACAGCCGUACCCUGUUAAAUUCUAUAGCAAGUCAUGUUAUUGAAACAGUUGAGAAGUUUUUAUUCUCUGUAAAAAGCUUCUAUAGGCCAAAUAAUUAACUUGUAACCUAUAUUUAUAUAAGAUAUAAUUUUUGAUUAUUGUUUGUACUCUUCCUUUUUGUGAAUGAAUAAAUAUAAUUUAAAAAAAAAU